AUGCGCAUUCUCGAAACACGGUUUGCCAAUACCCGCAAGAACAAAGGCGAAGACGCGGGACCCAAAGUGGUGGUAACGGUUGAUGAUAAUAGUGAUGAUGGUAGCAAUGAAAGUGGUGCUGCGGAGACUGAGAUUAGCACCCACAAGCAAGAGAGCACUCACCAUACGAGUGGCAUGGAUGAGGACCUUGAUGAAGACCAAUACUAUAGUCAUGAUGAAGACACAUAUCCGGACCUUGACACUAACUUAGAGGAGUCCGACGCCUCAGAUACACCUCCUGUUUUGGAUAGUGACCAUGGGCAGCGUGUUGACAUUGAAUUGGUCGUGCCCACCAUUGAGGACACAACAAGUGCCUCAUCGGAGGCUGGUUUUGCCUUUUCCGCUACUGUUGCUGAUGUUGUCCUGAGCCUUCCAGCAGCGCAGCCUCAUUCUUCUCAUAACCUGGACACUCCUGACGUGGCUGCUGACGCCUCUCCGCCACUUCCAGCAGUUCCUCCUCCUAUUUCUCCAAUCCUGAGCACACUUGACAUAGCUGCCAGUACCUCUCUGCCACUUCCAGCGGUUCUUCCCCCUACUUCUCCAAUCCUGAACACACCUGCAUAG